AUGGGAGAACGAGGACAAAGGCGCCGAGUGAACUGCUGGUGGAUUGCUGGGAUUUUGUUGCUGUGCUUUGGGAAGCGUAUUUUGGCUCAGUUAAGAUACUCAGUUCCAGAAGAAGUGCAAGUGGGAACUCCUGUUGGAAAUGUUGCCAAGGACUUGGGGCUUGACAUUAGCACUUUGACAGACAGGCGGUUUCGUAUAGUUUCGGGUCCAAAUCAUGCUCUGUUUCAGUUGAAUCAGAACAAUGGAGUCUUGUAUGUUGGACAAAGUAUGGACCGCGAAGAGCUUUGUGAUGGAACUAAGGUUUGUUUGAUAAAUCUGAAAAUUGUUGUUGAGAGCCCAUUGGAAAUACAUUACGUUAGCGUUCAAAUAACAGAUGUUAAUGACCAUGAACCGACCUUUCCGGAAAACGAGCAGCGACUGGAAAUAGCAGAGCUUAUUCCACCAGGUACUCGUUUCCAAAUUCAUGCCGCUAGAGACCCUGAUGUCAGUGCACAAUCAGUCCGAUUGUAUAAGUUGAGCCCAAAUGAUCUUUUUGAUAUUGAAGUCAGAGACAGCGAGGAGGACAAAAUACCGUUUUUAGUGCUAAAAAAGCCUUUGGAUAGGGAGCAAAAGGCAGAACAUCGUUUAGUGUUAACGGCUCUUGAUGGCGGCAGUCCGUCGAGAUCUGGGAGCCUUAAUCUAACUGUCACUGUGUUGGAUGCAAAUGAUAAUCGACCUGUGUUCAGCAAAGAUAUACAUACAGUGUCAAUAGAUGAAAAUGCUCCCAUUGGAACCCUUGUAGUCAGAUUAAACGCUACCGAUUUAGAUGAAGGCUCGAAUAGCGAGAUUGAAUACAGCUUUGGCAAAACACAAAAGAAAAAAGUGCUAGAUACCUUUGAAUUGGACAGCGUUACUGGUGAGAUUCGAGUUAAAGGAAAUGUGGACUUUGAGGACACUGAGAUUUACAGACUAGAUUUGCAGGCUUCAGAUAAAGGCCAGCCACCGUGGACGGCCGAAAGCAGAGUUGUGAUAAAAAUUCAAGAUGUGAACGAUAAUAAACCAGAAAUUGAAGUCACAUCACUACGUAACUUAGUCCCCGAAGACUCAAAACCUGGCACUGUUAUCUCUCUCAUCAGUGUUACGGACAGAGAUUCAGGCGUUAAUGGGAAAGUUAUUUGUACAAUCUCGGAUAAUGUUCCGUUUGAUUUGACGCCAUCCAUUGAGGAAAACAUGUACUCUCUAGUCACAAAGGGGCGUUUAGACCGAGAAAAUGUGUCCCAUUAUGAAAUCACAAUAACAGCUAUUGACUGUGGUGAAACCCCACUUUCCACCGUAAAAGCCUUGAGUGUUCAGGUGUCAGACGUGAAUGAUAACAGACCGAAAUUCAGCCAGAAUCCAUUUGAACUUUACAUGUUAGAAAACAAUGCUCCGGGCGCAUCCAUAUUUUCUGUAAGUGCUGUUGAUAAUGAUCUGAAUGAAAAUGCAGCGAUCACAUACCACAUUGUGAGAGGUGAUAGGCUGCAAGGUGACAUGACAUCAUUCCUGAAUGUCAAUUCGGAUAACGGGCAAAUAUCAGCGCUAAAAAGUUUUGACUUUGAAACAGUGAAAACGUUCCAGUUCCAAGUUGUUGCCACAGAUUCUGGAACUCCGUCAUUAAGCAGCAACGUCACAGUGAACGUGUUCAUUCUGGAUCAGAACGACAACGCUCCAGUCAUCCUGUAUCCAGUCAGCUCUAACGGUUCUGCUGAAGGUGUGGAGGAGAUUCCCCGCAAUGUGAACGCAGGACACUUGGUGACUAAAGUCAGAGCCUAUGACGCUGAUAUAGGAUAUAACGGCUGGUUACUCUUUUCACUGCAGCAAGUUACUGAUCACAGUCUCUUUGGUUUGGACCGCUAUACAGGACAGAUCAGAACACUUCGCUCAUUCACAGAGACAGACGAAGCUGAGCAUAAACUGGUCAUAUUGGUCAAAGACAAUGGGAACGUGUCACUCUCGGCAACAGCUACUGUGAUUGUCAAACUUGUGGAGCCCAAAGAAGCUUUUGCAGCUUCUGAUGUGAAGAGUUCAACUAAAGUUGACGAUGAAGACAAUGUUACAUUUUACUUGAUGAUAACUUUGGGCUCAGUUUCUGUACUUUUUCUCAUCAGUAUCAUCGUGUUGAUUGCAAUGCAGUGCUCCAAAUCCACAGACUAUACUUCUAAAUAUCUACAAGACGCAAAUUAUGAUGGGACACUGUGUCACAGCAUCCAGUACAGAUCUGGAGACAAACGCUACAUGUUAGUUGGACCCAGGAUGAGUAUAGGAUCUACCAUAGUCCCGGGCAGCCAUGCAAAUACUCUGGUGCUUCCUGACAGAAGAGGGACAUCUGGAGAGAGACAGUUGUGCUUCUUUUCCUCAGAGACUAGUACCUACCUAGAGCUGUGGCUGUAUGAGCUACUAGCAAGUUAA